GUGGUCCUAUGUUUCCGCUGUGUUGUAUGCUCUAAGAGAACUUCAUACUGCAGAUCUGCAGCACGGCAGUGCCUGCCCUCAACUGCUGGACACUUCUCACCACAGGUACACACACAGGCUACUCCUACCCGAGCAGGGCAGCUGGGGGCUGUAUGCAGAUGCAGUCAUCUCAACCUGUCAGACCUGCAGUUCACUUCAGUCACACACUUCAGUUAAGUGUUCAAGAAUAGAAGCUGAAAAAGAGCUGCUUCUGCCCACCCUCACAGGACUUUGAGGCCCUCUGAACAUAAGCUGAACCACAGAUGGCUUCAAGUAAGUCUGGAUCCUGACACCCGCCCUCCCCACCCCGAGCUUCAGCACCAGUUGUUGGCCAAAAAUAAACACCAUUCCUCAACCAUAUAUGUCCACCAGUCCUGAUCUGGGGAGGAAGCAGGAGGCAGGUCAGACCCUUACUGGGCACUCACGUGAGGCCACCGCUCACCAUGCACAUAACCCAGCUCAAUCGGGAGUGUCUGCUGUGCCUCUUCUCCUUCCUGGACAAGGACAGCCGGAAGAACCUCUCCAGGACUUGCUCCCAGCUCCGAGAUGUGUUUGAGGACCCCACUCUCUGGCCCCUGCUGCACUUCCAUUCCCUCGCCGAGCUCAAGAAAGACAACUUCCGGCUGAGCCCUGCACUGCGCAGCCUGUCCAUCUGUUGGCAUUCCAGCCGUGUGCAGGUGUGCAGCAUCGAGGACUGGCUCAAGAGCGCCUUCCAGAGGAGCAUCUGCAGCCAGCACGAGAGCCUGGUUAAUGAUUUCCUCCUGCAGGUGUGCAACAGGUGCCCCAACCUGACGUCCGUCACUCUCUCGGGCUGCGGCCACGUCACGGACGACUGCCUGGCGCGCCUGCUGCUCAGCUGUCCGCGCCUGCGCGCGCUGCGCCUCGAGAACUGCGCGCGCGUUACCAACCGCACGCUGGCGGCCGUGGCCGCGCACGGGCGCGCGCUGCAGACGCUGCACGUGGACUUCUGCCGCAACGUGAGCGCCGCCGGCCUGCUCCGCCUCCGCGCCGCCUGUCCCGACCUGGUGCUGAGCGCCGAGCGCAGCGCGGCCAUGAUACCCGACCAGCCGCCGCGCGCGCGCCUGCCCGCCGCCCCGGGGGUCUCCGCUGCACCGGGGAGACAGAGCGUACCUCACCCCACGGGCUCCUAGUGAGGAUGCGCGCGCUAGUAAACGAGCGGAUGCACGGAAAACUCUGGUUCUCUUUAAAUGUCUGCCCCGUCCCCGCGGCGCCUGUCGAACGCACGCGCGCUUACUCGCCCUGGCGGCGGGGCUGCGUACUAGGCUGCCGAGAAACCCCCGAAUAGCCGGAUGAAGAACCCGAAGCUAGGGCCUCCCUAGCUGCUCGCUGCCAGCCAGCCCGUGCAAGAUGCACAAGCCAUUCUAGAAAACUCACUCCGGUCCCUGCAUGACUGAUAGUCACCAAUAUUUCUGUUUCUCACAAGGGAAAAAUGCAUCACUUUUUAAAAAAGCCAGUACUGAAAGUAGUAGCCCUAGUUAAAAGUGCUUAGAGAGCGAAUCAUUAGUAACUGGUGCAAAAAUGAGACUAGGUUUUCUGGCCGUGAGUCAACUUCCAAGUCAACUUCCCUUUAGUCGUCUAGUCCCGGUGGCCAGGGCCCUCUCAGUUCACCCAGAGGCCUCCCUCCCUAGGCCGGAGCCAAGCAGUCUAAAUGAACACAGCCAGGGAGUAGGCAAGCUCAGCGGGGCUUCUGCGACUGCCACCUAUAAUCAAGGCUUCUUCAUUUAUCUGCAGCCAGGUUUUUUCAGUUUUCUGUG